AUGUCGCAAAUGCUUAGGAGUGUCAAGAAUGUCACCAAGGGAUACUCGUCCGUCCAGGUCAAAGUUCGAAAUGGUUCGUCUUCUUCAGUCGACGAGUCUGCCCGUACUGAUACUAUGCACANNGCGACCAGCAAUGACCCUUGGGGCCCGACAGGCACCGACAUGGCCGAAAUCGCCAAGAUCACCUACAACAGGUAUGCACAUCCCACUGCGCUUCUGCUGCAACCGGCACUGACACUAUGCCUUCNNAGUUCGACGGAUUUCUACGAAGUCAUGGAUAUGCUCGACAAGCGCCUGAACGACAAGGGCAAGAACUGGCGUCACGUCCUCAAAUCGCUCAAGGUUCUCGACUACUGCCUUCACGAGGGCUCCGAGCUGUGCGUCACAUGGGCUCGCAAGAACAUCUACAUCAUUCGCACCCUCCGCGAGUUCAUCUACCUUGACGAGGAGGGCCGCGAUGUUGGCCAGAACAUUCGUGUCUCUGCCAAGGAGUUGACCUCUCUCAUCAUGGAUGAAGAACGCCUGCGCUCCGAACGUCAAAACAGACACUCGUGGAAAUCAAGAGUCACUGGUCUCGAAGACAUGGCUGGCGGAGGCUACGAAAGCGAGACACAUUCGACACCGAGAAAGCCCCGCGAGCGUGCCAACAGAACACGCACGUCAGACGAAGAUCUCGAGUACAGACUUGCGCUCGAAGCAAGUAAGAACGAGGCCGAGGAAGAUGCCAGACGACGUGCCAUGAAGAACCGAGGCGGCGAGGAAGACGACGACCUGGCCAAGGCGCUCAGGUUGAGCAAGGAGGAAGAAGAAGCACGCAAGCGCGAAUUCGACGAUGCAAAUGCAAGUUCGCUGUUUGACGACACGCCCGCUCAGACGCAGCAGCCCACUGGCUUCAACCAGGGUUACCAGCAGCAGACAGCCGUCGACUGGUUCGGCAACCCCAUGGGCCAACAGCAACCUCAGUCCACUGGAUACUUGAACAAUGCCUACAACCAGCAGCCGCUCCAGGCUCAGCAGACGGCUUUCCCACAGCAAGACUAUUCUGGCUACUACCAACAGCCUCAACCCACCGGCUUUGACCAAUCUUUCCAGCAGCAGCAACAGCCGCAGCAGCAGUUCCUCCAGCCCCAGGCCACCGGCUACAAUCCAUGGGCUACUCAGAUGCAGCCUCAGCAACAGCAACAGCCCCAGCAGACGGCCCAACCCGGCUCCAACAACCCAUGGGCUCUUUCGUCUCCUGCUUCGCAAGAAGCUCUGCGCCCUCAGGCCACCGGCUCUAACAAUCCCUUUGCCUCGUCUUUCAACCGCCCGCAGCAGACUCAGCAGAGAGCACCUACACUGUCUGCACUGCAAGAACAAAAGACGGCUACCCAGUUCAACCAAGCCGCAUACAACCCCAUCACCAGCUACCAGGCUCCUCCACCCGCAGCUGCUCCCUUCCAACAACCAGCUCAGACCGCCCAACCCAUGGACCCUCACCGUGCUCAGCUCAACGCCCUUCUUUCUUCUGGCGAAGGCCAAGAUACCUUUGGCAAUGUCGGAAACAUGCGUAUCCCUGCGCAGCACACGGCUCCUGGUACCUUUGUCAACAGUGCUGGCCAGGGACUAACCAAGCUCGAAGCCUCGCGCACUGGCAACAACCCCUUCUUACAAUCCCAGUUCACCGGCAUGCCCCAGCAGCAGUUCCCUGCACAAACCGGGCCUGCAAACGGACAUGCAUCAUCCAAUCCUUUUGGCCAAAAACAGCAAGGCCCUCAACAGUCUGGCAGCCUUAUCGACCUGUGA